CCCAGGUGGCUGGGAGGGUGUGAGAACGGGAGAGUUAGGAGGUGAGAACGGACAUGUAGACCGCGGGCUGCAUGGGGACCUAGGGGCUGGGCUGCGCCGACUGGAUUGCAUUUUAAGAGACACCGGGAGCCCUUGGCGGGUUUUGACGACUGGGUGCCUGGCGCUGCUGUUUGCAGAUGAGAAGCCCGGGGGAGGAAGCAGAUGGAGAGAAAGAAGAACUAGGAACUUUGAGUUGCAGUAGAGCUCCUGGGGGGCCCGGAGGCGCGGCGGGGCUCCAGGGCCAGCUUUUCGGUGGGGCUGCGGUGACGCUGCUUUCAGAGCAUCGGGGCCUGCAGCCCAGCAAGGAGGAAGCUCCCUGCAGACGCAGCCCAGCAGGCCCUGCAGAAGCCACAGGCCUGGGAGGAAGUGAGCCACUUGCCCCUGGGGCCCCCGCCAACCUAGGGAACCCGGAACCUGCUUCUGUUGGGAACCCGGGGACCACCAUUCGAGCGCCGAGGAAGCAUCUGGGCCAGAAAGGCAGCGAUGGAGCCAGAGCCCCUCUACAACCUGCUGCAGCUCCCUGGGAAGGUGGACCCACCGGCAGUGGAAGAACUUUCACAAGGGGAGAAGAAGAAGUUCCUGCCACCCACUUCCCGGAAAGACGCCAAGUUUGAAGAACUGCAGAGGGUGCUGAUGGAGUGGAUCAACGCCGAGCUCCUCCCCGAGCACAUCGUGGUCCGCAGCCUGGAGGAGGACAUGUUCGAUGGACUCAUCCUGCACCACCUUUUCCAGAAGCUAGCGGGACUCAAGCUGGACGUGGAGGAGAUCGCCUUGACGGCGGCCAACCAGAGGCGCAAGCUCACGGUGGUCCUGGAGGCUGCCAACCAGAGCCUGCAGGUGGAGGAGCAGCAGGCCCAGUGGAGCGUGGAGACCAUCUUCAACAAGGACCUGCUGGCCACCCUGCAUCUCCUUGUGGCCCUGGCCGAGCACUUCCAGCCUGACCUGCCCCUCCCAGCCAACGUCCAGGUGGAGGUGAUCACCAUGGAGAGCACCAAAAGUGGCUUGAAGUCAGAGAAGUUGGUGGAACGUCUCACUGGAUGCGGCACAGACAAGGACCAGCCUUCCAAGGACGUCUUUGAUGAAUUAUUUAAGCUGGCUCCGGAGAAGGUGAACGCUGUGAAAGAGGCCAUCGUGAACUUCGUCAACCAGAAGCUAGACCGCCUGGGUCUGUCGGUGCAGAAUCUGGACACCCAGUUUGCAGAUGGAGUCAUCCUGCUCCUGCUGAUUGGACAGCUGAGAGGUUUCUUCCUGCACUUGAAGGAAUUCUAUCUCACUCCCAGCUCUCCUGCGGAAAUGCUGCACAACGUCACCCUGGCCCUGGAGCUGCUGAAGGAUGAAGGUCUUCUCAACUACGCCGUCAGCCCCGAAGGCCUGAGCGCAGCCCUGCCCUCCCCCGGCCUGCAGACAUCGUGAACAAGGACGCCAAGAGCACGCUGCGGGUCCUCUACUGCCUGUUCUGCAAGCACAAGCUGGAAGAAAACACGGACGGGAUGCCCCAGGGACCCCCCAGUUAACUGCCACUGCCUCCCAAAGCUGCCUCUCGGAGCCUGCCUGCAGGGCCCAGCUGGAGGUCCCGAGGGCCGCAGAGGGAUGGCCCGUGGUCCAGCCAGCCCUGGGGCCUCCCCUGUUUUCCUGUGUGUCUGUGGCAUGCCUGCCCCACCACCCCCUUCGCUGUUUCCUGUUUCCAUCCUUCUGAACAUCUUUGAACCCACUAGGUGUGGAUCUGUUCUGAGUCAACCUCUGGCCUUGCUCAGUUUAUUUUAAAAAAUGUAUUUCUGGGAGGGAUUCUGGGAGCCCUCUGGUGUCCUGAGAAGGACCCUUAAAUAUGCACGAAUAUGAGUGGACCCUCCACGCAGCCCCCCUCCCCACCGGGCGGGCAAGGGAGGUGCUCAGGGUCCAGUCUGCUGACCUGCCCUGGGGCUGAGGAUCUGGCCCUGCGAGCAGAGGGUCUCUGGGUGUCAGGGCUGAGGGCCAGAGGGACCCCCCGCCUUCCCACACUCAGCUGCUGCUGCCCUCUGGCCUCUCACAGAGGGUAAAGGGCCCUGAAAUCACCCUCCAGAGGCAGGAGCUCCGCGUGGCUCCAAAACCAGGCCCCUGUGCUCCUUGGGGAAGAUAAUUCAGUUACUUGGCGGAGGAACUGUGGCCUGGGCCCACACUUAUGGGCGUGAUGGUGAGCUUUGCCCAAACAUCACAGAGAAGAAAUCUUUGUGGUUGAGUAGUGGGUCAGAUCAUCUCCCAGUCUGUCCCCAAGGAGCUGCUGUGUUGCUCCCUUUGCCACAUGUAUUUCUCAAAAAAAAAAAAAAAAAGAAAGAAAGGAAAGAAAUUAAAAACGUCCUUGUAGGAAGACUGAGCAGGGGGUCCCAGAAGCUGACAGCUGGUGGGAAGCAGCCUGGAGGAGGCAUGGCGGGUGGGGAGAGGCUGGCAGGGGAGGGCUGGGCGGCUGGCGCCGUGCUCCUCCCCUGCUCUCCCAGCUCCAAGCCCCCGCAGAGGACAAAGCCCACUGGGCCCAAGGUUGUCACAGUUUGACAGCCUUGGAUUUGGGGAGGGGCCUUGGGGCAUGGGCUGGUGUGGGCCAGGCCAUCUUUGCCAGACCAGCUGCCAGAGCUUGGAGGAUGUUCUACAGGGAGUGACAUCAGGAACCCUUGGAGCUGGUGUCUGGGUGUGAGAUGAGCUUGAGUGGGCUUCCCUCCACCCCACCCCCAUCCCCGGGUCCGCCUGCUCCCUUCACCUCCUGAUUCACAGGUAAUUAGGUGUAGAUGAGGCCGUGAGGGCGGGGCCCCCAUUAUAGGAUUAGCAUCCUUAUAAGAAGAGAAAGAGAGAACAGAGCUCUGUCUGCCAUGUGAGGGCACACCAAGAAGGCAGCCGUCUGCAAACCAGGAAGAGAGCCCUCCCCAGGAACCAAAUCAUCUGGCACCUGCAUCUUGGACCUCCUAGAUGCCAGAACUGCGAGAAGUAAAUGUCUGUUUUUAAAGCUGCCCAGUCUAUGGUAUCUUGUUAUAGCGCCCAGAGCUGACUAAUACGGAUUCUCAAUACCAUUAGUCAUUAGGGAAAUAAAAUUAAAACCACAAUGAGAUCCCACUAUACGUUCUUCAAUUUAGAAUGGCUAAACUGAAGAGACAGACAAUAUCAAGUGUUGACAAGGAUGUUGAGCAGUUAGAAUUCUCAUACAUCUCUGGAGGGAAUGCAAAAUGGUACAUUUACUUUGGAAAACAGUUUGGCAGUUUCUUAUAAAGUAAUACAUACAUUCACCAUAUGACUCAGCCACUUCACUGCUAGGUAUUUAUCCAAAAAAAAAAAAAAAAGAAAAAAAGAAAGAAAA